AUGGACUCUGCAUAUGAGAUGGGCCACAUUCGCAAGCUGCAGGCACGGCACAUGCGGAUGCAGGAGAAGACUUUCACCAAGUGGAUCAACAAUAUCUUCCAGCAUGGCCGGGUGGGAAUCAAGAUCCAGAACCUGUUCACAGAGCUGGCCGAUGGCACCCACCUGCUGCGGCUGCUGGAGCUCAUCUCAGGGGAGGCCCUGCCACCCCCCAGCCGGGGCCGCAUGCGUGUGCACUUCCUGGAGAACAGCAGCCGAGCUCUGGCCUUCCUCAGGGCCAAGAACAUUGUGGAUGGAGACCAGACACUCAUCCUGGGACUCAUCUGGGUCAUCAUCCUGCGUUUCCAGAUUUCCCACAUCUCCCUGGACAGGGAGGAGUUUGGGGCCAGCGCAGCCCUCCUGUCCGCCAAGGAAGCCCUGCUGGUCUGGUGCCAGCGGAAGACGGCCGGCUAUGCCUACGUCAACAUCACCGACUUUUCCCGAAGCUGGAGUGAUGGGCUCGGCUUCAGUGCCCUCAUCCAUGCCCACAGGCCAGACCUGCUUGACUACAGCUCCCUGCGACCCGACCGCCCACUGCACAACCUCCACUGUGCUUUCUGCGUGGCUGAGCAGGAGCUGGGCAUCGCUCAGCUGCUGGACCCUGAGGACGUGGCGGCCCUGCAGCCUGAUGAGCGCUCCAUCAUGACUUAUGUCUCCCUCUACUACCACCACUUCUCACGCCUGCAUCAGGAGCAGACUGUCCAGAGGAGACUCUCAAAGAUCCUGCUUCAGCUCCAGGAGACAGAAGCUCUGCAGACCCAGUACGAGCAGCUGGUGGCCGACCUGCUUUGCUGGAUUGCGGAGAAGCAGGUGCAGCUGGAGGCGCGGGAUUUCCCAGACACCCUGCUGGCCAUGCGCCAGCUACUGGUGGCCUUUGCCACCUUCCGCACCCAGGAGAAGCCACCACGGCUGCAGCAGCGAGGGGCCACAGAGGCCCUGCUCUUCCGGCUGCAGACAGCACUCCGAGCCCAGAACCGCAGGCCCUUUCUGCCUCACGAGGGCCUGGGCCCUGCGGAGCUGUCCCAGCGCUGGGCAUGCCUGGAGCGGGCAGAGGCCUCAAGGAGCCAGGCCCUGCAGCAGAGGCUCCUGCAACUAGAGCGGUUGGAAACCCUAGCCCGGCGCUUCCAGCGUAAGGCAGCCCUCCGGGAGAGCUUUCUGGCAGACACAGAGCAGGUGCUGGACCAGGCCACAGCCCCGCCAGCCAGCCCGGCCACAAUGGAAGUGGCCGCCCAGAGGCUGGGCAUGCUGGAGGCCAGCAUCCUGCCCCAGGAGGGGCGCUUCCAGGCCCUGGCCGAAGUUGCGCAUAUCCUCCAGCAGGAGCACUACCACGGCUGGGCAGAUGUGGCCUGCAGGCAACUGGAGAUCACUCAGCGCUGGGAGAGGCUGCUUCAGCGUCUCCAAGGACAGAGGAAGCAGAUGGCAGGCAUGCAGGCUGUGCUGAGCCUGCUGCAGGAGGUAGAAACUGCCUCCAACCAGCUCAAUGAGCUGCAGGUGCUGGCCAGCUCCACGGCCAGUGGACAGCAGCUGGCAGAGGUAGUGGAGCUUCUGCAGAGGCAUGACCUGCUGGAGGCCCAGCUCUCAGCCCAUGGAGCCCAUGUGAGCCAUCUUGCCCACCAGACAACAGAGCUGGACUCUUCCCUGGGCACUAGUGUGGAGGUGCUGCAGGCCAAGGCCAGGGCACUGGCCCAGCUCCACCAGAGCCUGGUGUCUCUUGCCAGGUCCCGGAGGGCCUUGCUGGAGCAGACUCUGCAGAGGGCAGAGCUCCUGCACGACUGUGAGGAGGAGGAAGCCUGGUUGAGGGAGUGCAGACAGCUGAUGGAGGGUGCAGCCCUGGGCAAGGAUCUCAGCCAGAUCUCAGCGGCUCUGCAGAAACACAAGGCCCUGGAAGCUGAGCUCGCCACCCACCAGGCCUUGUGCGCUGAUCUCCUGCAGAGGGGACGGGACCUGAGCGCGCGUGGGCCCCCAGCGCGGCCGGAUCCCCGGGAGCGGGCCGAGGCGGUGCACGGCGCGUGGCAGCGGCUCCAGGCUGUCAGCGGGCGGGCCGCGCGGGUUGCAGCAGCGCUGCUUGUCCAGCAGGUAGCGGAGCGGGCGGGCAGCGGGCGGCCGGGCGUGGCGUGCGAGAGGGAGCCCCCAGAAGGCUGGAGCAGAGUUGACGGGCAUGCGACCAGGAGACCCCAGGUUGGAACCCACAUUUUGGCAGUGCCGGGCAGCCAGCACCAGGCAGAGUGCACUCAGGACGAGAUGAGCUUCAUCUGCAGAGGGGCGCGCUUCACCCAGCUCCCAGGAGAGGCCCUGCAGCCCCUGCACCACAUGGGCCCCGACACCUGGGAACUGAAGGACUGGAAGGGCUGCCAGGCCACGGUGCCCAUCGGCCCCAUCAUGGAACAGAAGUCCCAGGUGGUGUCUGCCCCGAGCUCUCCAAGGGAAGGCCCAAGAAACCCAGUGGCCUGGCAUGAGGUUUCCUGCUACUCUGGCCCCCGGGGCAACCAGGAGAUGGUCCUCACAGAUGAGCCUGACCCAGACUUUGACCCUAACGCCAUCCUCCAGACACAGGACCGCUUGAGCCAGGACUAUGAGGGCCUACGGGCUCUGGCAGAGCACCACAGGGCCCGGUUGGAGGAGGUGGUGGCCCUGUUUGGCUUCUAUGGCUCAUGUGGGGAGCUGCAGUCCUGGCUGGAAACCCAGACAGCCCAAUUCCGAACACUGCAACCCCAGGCCGACAACUUAGAGGUCAUGCAGCUCAAGUAUGAGAACUUCCUCACUACCCUGGCUGUGGGAAGAGGCCUCUGGGCUGAGGUUAGCAACUCCGCUGAGCAGCUGAAGCAGAGAUGUCCUGGAGAUUCCCCCCAAAUCCAGCAAAAGCAAGAGGAACUGAGCCAAAGGUGGGAGCAGCUGGAGGCCCUGAAGAAAGAAAAGGAAACACAGCUGGCAUGCACCAUGCACAUGUGCAGUUUUCUGCAGGAGUGUGGAUCCACAUGGGUCCAGCUGCAAGACAUGAUGCUCCAGCUAAAAGCCCUGGAGCUGGGGCACUUAGAGGACAGCCACCACAUCCUGCAAGUGGACCGGCAGAAGAUGCUAGCGCUGGAGAGAGGCAUUCACUAUCUGCAAAGGGCAGCGAUCAAAGUCAAGGAGUUGGGCCCCACAGAGAGCCAGUCCCUAGAGGGACAGGUGGAGACGCUGCAGGGGCUGCUGGAGCAAGUGCAGCAGCAAGUGGCCCAACGGGCCCGGGCCCAGGCCGAGGCGCAGGCCCGCCAGACCUUCCUGCAGGACAGCCGGCGACUGCUGCUGUGGGCAGACAGCGUCCGGGCUCGGCUGCUCAGCGAGGAGGAUGCAGCGGACGUGGCCUCAGCCCAGCGGCUGCUGGGGGAGCACCGAGACCUGCUGGAGGAGAUCCACCUGCUGCAGGAGAGGCUGCAGCAGCUGGAGGCUCAGGGCCAACGCAUGGCAGCCUCGGACUCCGCAGACUCCCGAGAGGUAGCCAGUGCUCUGAGGCUCCUGGGCCAGCAAGGCCGGGGGUUGAAGGCUGCCUGGGAGCAGAGACAGCAGCAGCUGCAUGAGGGGCUGGAGUUGCAGAGGUUUGGUCGAGAAGUAGAUGGUUUCAUUGCCACUUGUGCCAACCAUGAGGCCAACUUCCUACAGCUGGACAGCCUUGGGGAGGACGUAGGGGAGGCCCAGAGCCUGUUGCAGCGGCACCAGGAGUUUGGACAGCUCCUGGGUGCCGUUGGCCUUCGGGCAGAGGAUCUACAGGCACGGGGCAAGAAGCUGGCUCAGAGACAACACCCUGCUGUUCACAAGGUCAGAGAGCAGCUGCGGAGCAUCCAGGUGCAGUGGAUCAGGGUCCAGGAGCGGAGCGAGCAGAGGAGGAGGCAGCUGCUGGCUUCCCUCCAGCUCCAGGAAUGGAAGCAGGACAUGGCGGAGCUGAUGCUAUGGUUGGAGGAGAAGGGGUUGAUGGUGGUGGACAAGUGCUCCCAAGACCCUGGCAACAUCCUGUGGAAACUCAAGUGGCACGAAGCAGUUGAGCGCGAGCUGCGGGCCACCCGUGGGCACGUGGAGGGCCUGCAGCAGGUUGGGAGAGGGCUGUUGAGCAGCUGGCCCCAUGCCCAGGAGGACGUGCAGGUGGCGCUCCAGGGCCUGAGUGGCAAGUGGGAAGAGUUGCACUGCAAAGUGGCGGAGCUUGGGAAGCAGCUCCGGCGGGCUCUGCGACAGGACCAGCUCCUGGGGCUGCUGCAGGAAGCCAAGGAGAAGAUGGAGCAGCUAGAGGGGGCCCUGCAGAGUGCAGAAUUGGGGCAGGACCUGGGCUCGAGCCGGAGGCUGCAGAAACAGCACCGCCAGCUGGAGGGCGAGAGCCAGGCGCUGGCCAGCAAGAUGGCUGCCCUCGUCUCCCAGGCCCACCAGGUGGUUAAGUCCCAGACCAUCGUGGAGGAAACCCAAAAGUACCUCCAGAGGUUCGAGUCCCUGCAGGGACAUCUGGCCGCCCGGCGAAUACAGCUGCAGGCCUCGGUUGAGCUGUGUCAGUUUUACCACCUGAGUGACACGGAGUUCACAUGGGUGGCAGAGCACAUGCCAGCACCCAGUGCCAGCUCUGCCAAAGACUUGAAUGGUGCGAACAGGCUUCUCCGCAAGCACAAGGUACUCUGGGCAGAGGUAAAAGGCCACCAGGGACACCUGCAAUGGGUGCUGGGUUCUGGGCAAAGCCUCGCAGCCUCGGGGCAUCCCCAGGCCCAGCAUAUCAUGAAGCAGUGCCAGAAGCUGGAAGGCCGCUGGGCAGAGCUGGAGCAGGCAUGUGAGGUGCAGGCCCAGCGCCUGCAGCAUGUUGUUGCUCUCCAGCAGUAUUUCCUGGAUGUGUCAGAGUUGGAGGACUGGGCAGAGGAACAGUGGCCGCUGGUGAGCGGGCAGGACUACGGCGGGGACGAGACAGUCACCAUUAGGCUCAUCAGGAAGCACCAGGCCCUGCAACAGGAACUGGCUCAUUAUUGGAGCUCCCUGGAGGAGCUUGAACAGAGGGCCCAAACCCUCACUGGCCCUGAGGCCCCUGCGCAGCUACGCAUGGUGUGGGAGAGGCUGCAGGAGCGGCUGCGGGCACUGCAGGAGUUGGCAGCCAUACGGGACCAGGAGCUGGAAGGAACCCUAAAGCUGCAUGAGUUCAUGAGGGAGGCCAAGGAGCUACAGGGCUGGCUGGUCAGCCAGAAGCAGGCAGCCAGAGGAGGAGAGAGCCUUGGGGAGGACCACGAGGACGUCCUGCGUCUCUGCACCAAGUUUGCGAAGUUACAGCAUCAAGUGGAGCUGGGCGGCCGACAGGUAGCAACCUGUCAGCAGCUGGCGGAGAGCCUGCUGGAGCAGGGGCACAGUGCUGCCCCCCAGGCUCGGCAGAUGCAGCAGGAUCUGCAGGCUGCCUGGUCGGAGCUGUGGGAGCUGACCCAGGCCCGUGGCCGCCGGCUCCGAGAUGCUGAGAUCACCCUCAAAGUUCACAGAGAUCUGUUGGAAGCCCUCACCCAGGUCCAGGAGAAAGCCACCAGCCUCCCCUGUGACGUGGCCCAGAACCUGUGUGGGCUGGAGGCCCAGCUGAGGAGGCACAAGGUGCUGGAGCUUGAACUUGUGGGCACUGAGCAGCAGCUGCAGGAGCUGCUGGAGGCUGGAGGCGCCGUGCAGAAGCUGGGCCCCAGGCCUCAAGCCCACGCAGUGCAGCAGAGGCAGCAGGCUCUGGUGCAGGCCUGGGAGGCCCUGAAGCUGCAUGUGGAGCAGCGCCGGGCCCGGCUAGAGCGGGCAGGGCUCCUGGCCCGCUUCCACACAGCGGUGCAGGACUACACCUCUUGGGUAACCAGCAUGUGGCAGGAGCUGCAGGUGGAGGAGAGCUCCCAGGAGCCCAGCAGCAGCCUGCUAAAGCUCAGCACCCACCACCAGCUUCGGGCAGAGCUGGAGGCCCAGGAGGAGCUGUACCAGCGCGCCGCCCAGCUGGGCCAGCAGGCGCUUCUGGCUGCCGGGACAUCCGGCAAGGAGGUCCAGGAAGGGCUGCGAGCCCUGAGGGACAAGCGAGAGCAGGUGUUCCAGGCCUGGGAGCAAAAGCAAGAGAGGCUGCAGGCCGUGCACCAGGAGCAGCUCUUCCUCAGAAAGUGCGGCCACCUGGACCAGAUCCUCACAGCCUGGGAGGUCAUCCUGAAAACCAGUGCCCUGGGGAGCUCAGUGGAAGAGGUGGAGAAGUUGAUCAGCAAGCAUAAGACCUUCCAGAAGGUGCUGAUGGCCCAGGAUGAGAAGGAGGCAGCUCUGUGUGAGCAGGCAAAGAUGCUCGGGGGCCCCAGGACGCAGGACAUGCUCCACACAGUGCUGGAGCACCGGGCUAUGGUGAAGAAGCUGGCGGAGAUCCGGGGACACACCCUGCACACCUCCCUGCUGAUGGCUGCCUUCACCAGGGCCACCACCCAGGCUGAGGACUGGAUCCAGGAGCGAAUCCAGUGGCUAAAAGAGCCAGUCCCUCCUGGGGACUUGAAAGAUAACUUGAGGCACCUGCCGAAACACCAGGCCUUUGAGGCUGAGGUCCAGGCCCAUGAAGAGGUCAUAACCUCUGUUGCCAAGGAGGGCGAGGCUCUCCUAGCACAAAGCCACCCUUGGGCGGGAGAGGUCUCCCAGAAGCUGCGGGAGUUGCAGGAGCACUGGGAGAAGCUGAGACAGACGGUGGCUCUCCGGGGCCGGGACCUAGAGGACAAGCGGAACUUCUUGGAAUUCCUGCAGAGAGUAGAUGGUGCAGAGGCCUGGAUCCAGGAGAUGGAGGUGACGGUGGACAUCGGCGACCUGGGCCAGGACCUUGAGCACUGUCUGCAGCUCCGCAGGCAGCUCCACAAGUUGCCAGGAGUCUGGGCCGGGGACACGGUGGAUGACGCCCGCAUCAGGAUUAUCAACGACUUGUCACUACAGCUCAAGAACCGGGACCCCGAGCAAGUCAAGACCAUCUGCCAGCGGCGACACCAGCUCAACAGCAGGUGGAACAGUUUCCAUGGCAACCUGCUCCGGUACCAGCAGCAGCUUGAAGGAGCUCUGGAGAUACAUGCAUUGUCCCAAAAGCUAGGUGACAUCACUGAGCUGAUUAGGGAGAAGGCCACCCUGGUCCAGACCCUGGACUACGGGAAACAUCUGGAUGGUGUGCAGAGGCUGAUGUGGAAACACAAGCAGGUGGAGCAGGAAAUGGGCCUCAUCCAGGAACAAGUGGAGCCCCUAGAGCGUGAGGUGGGCCGUCUCUGCCAGAGAAGCCCUGGGGCAGCCCACAACCUCAGCCUCAAGCAGCAGGAGAUGAUGGACAGCUGGUGGCAGCUCCGGAGCAGGGCCCAGAAGCGGAAGGACUCGCUGGAUGCCUUGCACCAAGCUCAGAAGCUGCAGGCAAUGCUGCAGGAAUUGCUGGUCUGGGCCCAGAGGCUGCGAGCUGACAUGGAUGCCCGAAGCACCCCACGCAGCCUUGCGGAGGUCCAGCACAUGCUGCAGGAACAGCAGGAGUGCAAGGCCGAGCUGGACUCCCGAACAGACAGCAUCAGCCUGGCCCGAAGCACCGGGCAGCAACUGCUUGCCACCGGGCACCCAGCCACCCCCGACAUCCGCCAGGCCCUGGCUGGUUUAGACCAGGAGCUGAACAGCCUGGAACGGGCCUGGCAGGAGCACCAGCUCCAGCUGCAGCAGGCUUUGGAGCUGCAGCUAGUUCUGAGCUCUGUGGAGCAGAUGGAACAUUGGCUCUGCAGCCAGGAAGACUGCCCAGCCAGUGAGGGUCUAGGGGACUCCCCGGCCAACGUGGAGACCCUGCUGUGGAAGCACAAGAUGCACGAACGGGAGCUGGAGGCACGGGCCGACAAGAUCAGCGCGCUGGAGGCCGCCACCCGCAGCCUGCUCCAGGGUGGACAGCCCGAGGCCCAGGGCGCCCUGGGCCGGUGCCAGGCCAUGCUCCUGAGGAAAGAGGCACUCCUGGAGCGAGCCAGGACCCGUCACCGCCAGCUGGAGGAGCUCAGGCAGCUGCAGGCUUUCCUGCAGGAUUUCUACGAGGUGGCCACAUGGCUGAGGGAGAAGAACCUGGUGGCCCUGGAAGAGGGCUGGCGGGACCCAGCCGGGCUGCAGGCACAGUGGCGGAAGCAGCAGAAUCUCCAGGCCGAGCUGGAUGCGGGUGUACACCACCAACAAAGGCUGCAGACGGAGGGGCAGAGGCUGCUGCAGGAAGGCCACCCGGCCUCAGAGACCAUCCAGGAGCACCUGCAGGAGCUGAGAAAGCUUUGGGAGGAGCUGCAGGCCAACUGCCAGAGGAAGGCAGUCAAGCUACAGGAGACCUGUGAGGCCCAGCGUCUGCGGCGGAGUGUGGAGGAACUGGAGAGCUGGCUGGAGCCCGUGGAGGUCAAGCUGAGGGCCCCCAUCGGGGGCCUGGACCAGCCUGGGCUGGACGAGCUCCUAGGGGCACAGGGAGAGCUGGAGGCAGCAGUGGACAGGCAGGCCGGUCGGGCACAGGCCCUGCUGGGCCAGGCCCAGGCCUUUGUGCGGGAAAGCCCCAGCCUCACCCAAGACUUGGAAGAGCAGUUCCAGCGGCUGCUUCAGAGGUUCGAGGGCCUGAGGGAGCCCCUGCGGGAGCGCAGGACAGCCCUGGAGGCCCGGAGCCUCCUCCUGCAGUUCUUCAGGGACGCUGAUGAGGAGCUGGCCUGGGUGCGGGAGAAGCUGCCCCUGGCUGCCUCACGAGACUGCGGCCAGAGCCUGAGCACCGUGCGGCACCUGCAAGAGAAGCACCAGAACCUGGAGAGUGAGAUGAGCAGCCACGAGGCUCUGACCCAGGCGGUGCUGGGCACAGGGCGCAAGCUGGUGCAGGCUGGGCACUUUGCCGCCCGCGACGUGGCUGCCCGGGUGCAGCAGCUGGAGGAUGCCGUGGGCCGCCUGCGGGCAGAGGCUGCACAGAGGCGGCGGAGGCUGCAGGAGGCUCAGGAGGCCCAGCAGUUCCUGACAGAGCUCCUGGAGGCAGAAUCCUGGCUGGAAGAGCAGGGCUGUGUCCUGGACACGGAGGAGAUGGGCCAGAGUGCCGAGGCCACUCAAGCCUUUCUGCGGAGGCUGGACACCACCAGGAGAAAGUUGGAGGCAUUCAGUCCUCGCAUCGAGAGGCUGCAGCAGAGAGCUGCCCUCCUUGAGAGCAGGCCGAACUCAGAAAGCCCUAAGGUGCUUGCCCAGAUGCGCGCAGUGAGGGAGGCCCACUCGGGGCUGCUGCAGAGAGCGGAGUGCAGGGGGCAAGGCCUGCGGGAGCAGCUGCAGCUCCACCAACUGGAGCGGGAAGCCCUGCUCCUGGACGCCUGGCUGGCCAGCAAAGUGGCCUCUGCUGAGUCCCAGGACUAUGGGCAGGACCUGGAGGCCGUCAAGGUGCUGGAACAGAAGUUUGAUGCUUUCAGAAAGGAAGUCCAGAGCCUGGGGCAGGCCAGGGUGCAGGCCUUGCGGGAGCGGGCAGGCUCCUUGGAACGAGCAGCCCCCAGGUGCUCUCCCCAGAUUCAAGUGCACCGGAGCCGCGUUGAGGCCACUUGGGAGAGGCUGGACAGGGCACUGAAAGCCCGCACACAGAACCUGGCUGCAGCCCGGGAGGUCCGCGGCUUUGAGCAGGUGGCAGCCGAGCUCCGGGGCUGGAUGCAGGAGAAGGCCAGCCUGAUGGCAGGAGAUGCCUGUGGCCACAGCCUGUCGUCGGUGCAGACCCUGCAGCAACAGCACAGAUGCCUGGAGAGGGAACUGACAGCCGUGGAGAAGGAGGUGGCACAGGUGCCAAGUGAGGCCUGCCGGCUGGGCCAGCUACACCCCGAGGCUCAGGAGGGCCUGGCCAAGCAGCUGGCUGAGGUGCAGAAAGCCUGGGCCAGCCUGAAUGUGAAGGCCCAGGAGCGGGGUCAGCAGCUGGAGCAGGCUGCCCAGGGCCACGCCUUCCUCGGACGCUGUCGGGAACUGCUAGCAUGGGCUCAGGAGAAGCAGGUGAUGGUGUCUUCAGAGGAGCUGGCUGGGGAUGUGACUAGAGCUGAGCAGCUCCUGGAGCAGCAUGAGGAGCUGGGGCGAGACAUCAAGGAGCACUGCCUUCAAGCCCAGAAUGUACGGCAGGAAGGGCAGCAGCUGGUGGACAAUAGCCACUUCAUGUCCUUGGAAGUGACCCAGUGUCUGCAGGAGCUGGAAGGGCGGCUGCAGGCGCUCGAGGAGGCCUGGGUCCUGCGCCAGGGACGCUGUGAGGAGAGCUGGCAUCUGCGGAAGCUGUGGCAGGGGAUGGAUCAGGCCGAGGCCUGGCUGGCCUCCCGGGAGGGCCUCCUGCUGGACCCCAACUUCGGGCACUCAGUGGCAGACGUGGAGUUGCUGCUCUGCAGACACCAGGACUUUGAAAAGCUGCUGGCUGCCCAGGAAGAGAGGUUUGCCCAGCUUCAGAGGAAGGCACUGAGCCCGCACCUGACCCUUCAGGAGAGCGCUGCUCUUCCCUUGCCAGCUACGGUGUCCUGUCACCCCCACCUCCUGAUGGACCAGAAGCUGCUGCAACAGGUGAAGGGGCUGCAGCCCGAGAGAGUUGGCAGUGGGCCAGCCUCCCUCCAGCAGAGUUUCUCAGGAAGCUGGUGGCCUGGAGCACAGCUGGCUGGGACAAGGGACCUGCAGCCAGACAUCCCUGUUGGGCCGCACAUAACCUUGGCCACCACUGUCUCCCUGGAGCGCGCAGCCGGGGCCGUAGGGCCCAGCUUGAGCCGCCGGCACAGCUGCCGUGGGGCCUUGGGGGACAGCUGCCGGAGCCUGUCCUGGGAUGAGAGGGCGGUGGCAGAGAACGUGGCUUCCACAGCCUCCUUUGACCUCACAGAAGCCCAGUGUGAGAGGCCAAGGGACCACUAUGAUGGAAAAGACACCUCCUUAAGGCUGUCUGGGAUGGAGACCCUGUUUGCAGCACCAUCUGAAGGGCAGGCUGAAAGCCAGCAUCACGCCCUGAGCAGCAUGGCAGUUCUGGACGUUGAGAAGUCCAAGGACAAGGCGCCAGCAGGCUGGGUGUCUGCCCCUAGUCUGAGCCCAGAACUUCGAGCCGGACCCCUGGGCUUCCCGGCUGAGCAGGCUGCUGCGAGGGGCCCCAGCACGGCCGCUCCGCUCAGAUUCCAUGGCUGUCCCCUGCCCUCCUCACUGAGGGAGAUGCCCGUGUGCACUGACAGCCACCUGCAGCCCGAGGAGCUCCCGCAGGUGGCUGGCCCCGUUGGGCCCCGAAGCAAAAAACCCUGUGGCACCAAACCUGAGGGCUGCAAGUGA